AUGCGGUUUAUCCAGACGUACCCAGGACAAGUAGCACAGACGCUUGGCCAAGCCAAAACGUUGUUUGACAGCAUAAGGGCUGAACAAGAAGCGCAAGGUCUUGAUCCAUGGGGGCCUUUUGCAGAUGAAGAAGAAUGGGGUCUGGUGAAGUGGCUGAUAGCGAGGGUAGGGCAGACUGCAAUUGACGAGUUUAUGAAACUCCCGAUUACUGGCCACCUGAAGACGUCUUUUACCAGCAAAUACUUGCUGAUGAAGGCUAUCGAUAAACUGCCUCGUGGAACGGAAUGGCAGCUCAAGAGAAUCCAGGUCAAGGGAAACUCAGGACAGGCUGAGGGCGAAGAUCUUGAAUUAUGGUUGAGGAACCCUGUGGACUGCAUACGUGAACUAAUGGCCAAUCCGGAGUUUGACGGCAAAGUAUCAUACUCACCUGAGAGGGUGUUUGCGGAUGCUGAGGGUACAGUUCGUCAAUAUGACGAAAUGUGGACUGGAGAAUGGUGGUGGGAGACACAGCGAAGAUUACCUGAAGGGGCAGUAGUCGCACCUGUCAUCCUCGCAUCGGAUAAAACCUCGUUGUCGCAGUUCCGCGGUGAUCAAGAGGUGUGGCCUGUCUAUCUGACACUUGGCAACAUAUCCAAGGAUGUUCGUCGUCAACCAUCAAAACACGCUGCGGUGCUAAUCGCUUACUUACCUGUGACGAAGUUGGAGUGUUUCUCCCGAGAAACUCGGUCACUGGAACACUACCAGCUGUUCCAUUACUGUAUGUCGCAAGUCCUGGAGCCACUCAUCAGCGCUGGCAAUGACGGGAUUGAAGUCACUUGCCCUGAUCGCAAAGUUCGGAGGAUGCACCCCAUUGUUGCAGCAUAUGUGGCGGACUUCCCCGAACAAUGUUUGGUGGCCUGCUGCAUGGAGAACAGGUGUCCAAAGUGUACUGUGGGGCGCAAUGAGCGUGGCGGAAUGACGAAGUCGGGAGUGCGCAAACAAGAUUUGACAUUGGAAAAUUUACGCUUGCAUCAAGAUGGCGAAAUGAGUAAUGGUCAGUUUGAGGGAGAACUAGGACUACGAGCAAUCUACUCACCAUUCUGGGCAACACUCCCGCACCACGACAUCUUCUCGUGCAUCACCCCCGACAUUCUGCACCAGCUGCACAAAGGUGUUUUCAAGGAUCACCUCGUAAGCUGGUGCUCUGAGAUCAUAGGCGAGGAGGAACUUGAUGCGCGAAUUUCGAAACGAAAGCAAUGGACGGGGGCCGACUAUAGAGAGUUGCAGCGGGUUUUCCUUGGGGUAAUUGCUGGUGCUGUCGACAAUCAAAUUCUUGCUGCAAACAUAUUCCUCGAUCUCGGAGUGCGGGAGCACUUCAACAUUCCCAAACUCCAUUCGAUGCUUCACUACAUCGAUGCCAUUCGUCUGUUUGAAAGCGCAGAUGGCUUCAAUACCGAGCUUCCUGAACGUUUGCAUAUCGAUUUUGCGAAGCGUGCAUACCGUGCCUCUAAUCGACGCGACUAUGUCAUCCAGAUGACUACCUGGUUACGACGUCAAGAGUCGAUUGCCAUUCAAGAAGCUUACCUUCGAUGGUGGGCUUCGCAACAACCUGCUGAUGGUGAUUCGGUGCGAGAUGAGUCAGAUGCCAGUACCUCAGACUCGGACCUCGAUGGACCUGCGCCUACAGCAGCCAACUUCAUUAUUUUACCUCAUCAAGCACAACGCUUCACGAUGCUGACAGCGUCAAGGGGGUACUUUGUUCCCAGAAGGUGUCCAUUCCCCAACUCUACAAUCCAACGCUUGCUUGACGAACACGGCGCUUCUCUUUUCAUCCCUGCGCUCGAAGAUUUCCUUCGUAACCAUGUGCAAAAUUCGUCGCGCAGAAAGCUCACUCCACAAGACCGGAUUGAUGUCUACAAAUACCUGAAAGUCCUCUCACCAGCGCGGCCACACAUAAACAUCGCAAAAUGUUUAUUUAAGGAUGCGAGGAAAGGACCAGCACCUGCGCACUUUGACACGGGCCAGUACACUGGGGAGGGAAUAUCGGGUCUUCGCGUUGGUGAAGUAAAGGUGAUUUUCGACAUCCCAUCGUGUUUCGGACAUUUUCCCCACCCCCUUGCAUAUAUACACUGGUUCCAGCCUCUUCAAACAUUUGAUGCAAAUUUGCACAGUUUCAGGCUCACCAGGUCUUCUCGGCACCGGGGACCUAAUGCCGUCGUUCUACCCGUGAAUCGAAUUCUGCGACCUUGUCAGCUUGUUCCUCGGUUGGGUAAGUGGGAGGUAGAGUCUAAGUUGGAAAAGUUCCCUAAUAAUGGGUCAGAAGAGUUCUAUUUGAAUAGAUACAUUGACUUAGAUUUGUUCGAGCGUCUGUCGUAG